AGGUCCAACUUGAAAAGUAAAGCAAAGCAGAGGUCACGUCAACCAAGAGGAAAGCAGAAGGGAAGCAGGGAGAAGACAAGGGUUUGCACAGAAGCUGGAGUAGGUGAACAACUCUGGGUGUGCAAUAGCAGCAAACCUCAGGUUUCUAACACAAGUGGAUUACUGCCCUCCCAGGCCAGUGGUUUUUCACCUGAAGGAGCCAAGAAGCUGAACACUUCCUCCAUCAAGGAUCUGAUUUUACAACCACAGAAAUCACAGCAAACCAUUUUGAAUAGUAAACAAGAUACUUUGAUUCUCACCCUAUUCCACCACCUCCUCCUUGUUUUCAGCCACUUUGUGGAGAUUUUAGUUUAAAAAAAAAAACUCUAUUUGUUCUGGCAAGUAGUGUGAUAAGAGCAGCAUGGAGGAUGGUUGAGGCCAGAGAUGGUAAACACAGAAACUCAUUUUCAAAUUUUGUUAAAAUAGGUUGAAGGAUUUAAUCAGAGAGGAAUGGUAUACUCUGACUUCACAAAUCGGUGGGUGAGGAAGGGAAUGAGUAGUUGGAUGGUAGAUCAGACACCUGCAAGUUGAGGAAAACAUGCAGAAUCAAACAGAAGCUGGUAAUCUGUGGUAGCAGGUGGGUUGGUGGGCAGGGUGGUGAGCACAGAGUUCAGAGGCAGUGCCUGUGUGAAGAUGUACCUGGGCAGCAAGGAAAGGCUCUGCACACAGUAGGCCUUGGAGCCUUAUCUGGGAGAGUGGUUUGAUGUAGAGCUUUAAAUACACAUCAAGUUGGGCUCGUUGGAUUCUGAACAGCAGAAAUGGAAGCAGCAGGUAGCAGAUGUCACAAGAGAGAACAGUUACUGUAGCAAAGACGGAAGAGUGGGCAAAAUGGGACCCUCAAAAAAGGGAAGCCAGAUUUUGUGACUGGAACAUGUGGCUUGUCCUUAUUUGAGAAAAAUAUUUUUGAUGGCUUAACUAGGUUACAGACCUUGAGAUGUAUGGACCCUAACUAAACCCAAUGACAACAGCUCUUUUGAGGGUGAGAAGGAAGGUCGGACACACAGAGAACUAUGUGGGCUCCAAGGACAGACUGCAGGAGCCACCAGAAGCUAGCAUGGGCAGCCAGGGCCACCCUCCUUUGGUAUGAAUGUUUCUCCCAAAGUGAAUGGAUAGAAACUCGGACCCCAACAUGGUGGCGUCAGGAGGAGCCUUGACUGGACUUGCAUCCUGGAGAAAAGGGCCUGCAGGAGCCUCCGCAAGUCCUUGAGGACAUCCUCGGUUCUGAACGCAUGGAUUUCUGCUCUUUCUCAAUGUUGCCAUCAAUUUUGUGUUGUAGCAGCACAGAAGGACACAGCACUCCUCAGGGGUGUUGGUGAAGCCAUCAAGGGACCCGAUUUCAGCCUUGAGACAUCCUUAGUGCUCUUUGGACUUCACUAAGAAUUUCCGGACUGCCUAGGAAAUGACAAACUGAACUGUGGAAUUUGUAUUCAGGAAAUUAUACAACAGUGUAUGUGGAAGCUUAAGACAUACAAUCACAAGUCAACAUAUUCAGAAGUGCAUUUGUAGCAUUGCUGAAGUAGAAAGACCCAAAGAGAACCACCAUGAGAAAAAAGACCAUUUUGCUUCUGACUGCGGGGAUUUUGGGAGCCUAUUAUGUUUAUACUCCUCUCCCUGAUAAUAUUGAGGAACCAUGGAGACUGAUGGGUGUGAUUACAGUAUCCAAUACAAUAACAAAUUUGUUUCUGUUUGCUGAAUUCUUAGGAAUCAACCAUUUUAUGAACAUUGCAAUGUUUUUCGUUUUCCUUAUGGAAGUCCCACCCACAUCUGAUGAAAAUGUCACUGUGACAGAGACAACAUUCAACGGCAUUCCUGUUCGCGUGUAUGUGCCUAGAAGAAAGUCUGAGACGCUGAGAAGGGGCUUGUUUUACAUUCACGGUGGCGGCUGGUGUUUGGGGAGUGCUGCCGUGUUUUCUCACGACUUUCUCUCAAGACACACAGCCAAUAGACUUGAUGCUGUUGUCAUUUCAACCAACUACAGACUAGCUCCUAAAUACCAUUUUCCCAUUCAAUUUGAGGAUGUCUAUGGUGCAUUAAGCUGGUUUUUACGCAAAGAUAUUCUUGAAAAAUAUGGUGUGGAUCCUGAGAGAGUUGGUGUUUCUGGCGGCAGUGCUGGUGGGAAUUUAGCUGCAGCCGUGACUCAGCAGCUCCUUGGGGAUCCAAAUGCCAAGGUCAAACUCAAGACCCAGUCUUUAAUAUAUCCUGCACUUCAGAAUCUGGAUCUGGAUUUACCAUCAUAUCGGGAAAAUGCAGAGUUUCCAAUUUUGUCCAAAUCACUGGCAGCCAGGUACUGGAGUGAAUACUUUACCACAGACAGAUCACUUGAAAAGGCCUUGCUCCUCAAUCAGCACGUCCCAGUGGACUCAAGUCACCUGUUCAAAUAUGUUAAUUGGAGCUCCUUGCUCCCUGAGAAGUUUAAGAAAGGACAUGUCUAUAACACUCCAACCUAUGGUAGUUCUGAACUGGCCCAAAAAUACCCAGGGUUCCUAGAUGUGAGGGCUGCACCCCUGCUGGCUGAGGACACCCAAAUGCGUGGCUUACCCCGGACCCAUGUCAUGACCUGUCAGUAUGACGUCUUAAGAGAUGACGGAGUCAUGUAUGUUACCCGACUCAGGAACAAUGGUGUUCACGUGACUCACACUCACAUAGAGGAUGGAUUUCAUGGAGCCAUUUCAUUUCUGAAUUUUAAAAUUAGUAAUAGGAUGGCAAAUCAAUAUAUUGAUUGGCUAAGAGAAAAUCUAUAGUAACAAUCUAAAAUUAAAAUAUGCAGUUAUCAAAAUAUGCAAAUAUUAAAUCGAAUUAGUGAAAUUAAAUUGAAUUAACUAUAUUAAAUUAAAAUAUGCAAUCUGUGGGACAGGACAUGUAUUAAUGAAUAUUAAAAGUUUUAUGUUUGAAUUGCUGUGACCUGUGUAAGAUGCUAAGAGCAGAAGGAUGAGGAAGAUUGGGAGCCUGGGCAUGAGUGAGGUUGGAGUGGGAUAUAUUACUAUGUUCCUAAAUUUGUACAAAUGAAAUAUACAAAAUGUGUAUACUUUUAAAUAAAAUUUUUUAAAAAAUAUUCUACAUAUAGUGGAAUGUGUAUGUGUGUGCAUGUAUGUGUGCAUGUGUGCUUGUCUUUUAGUAGAAGCAUGUUUUCUGUUUUAUUUCUUAGAUGCUAUUCACUCACAUCUAUGCAAAUACCUACUUUACUAUUUGUUCUGUUACUUAUUUCACUCCCUAACUUAUAAUUAUAGCUUUUUAUUUGCUUGAUGCUAUUUAUUAACAAUGGAAACUUGUAGUUUCUGAAAUGCCAGUGAUUUGAUUGGCAUGCAUUUAGAGUCUUGGCAUUCUGUCCUGCGGAAAUUCCUAUGAAUCUUGGAGCCAACUACUUUAAAAUUCUUUGUUCAACACACUGCCAUUUGCCUAUCAUGGUAAAAUCAUUUCUUAAUACAUAACUGUUUAUGUCCCGGGAUACAAAAAUUAAUGCCAAUGACAUCUCACUUUACAAAACACUAACUCUCAUCUAGUGACAAGUUGGAGAUGUUGAGGUUGGGACAGAGACACCAAAAAGCAACAGCUCCCCAUUUGAUUAAGCCCUGACAUUAUUGAGUGAAUCUAGUACAUGUAAGAAGUAUUGUAACCAAUGUGAAAAAUCAUAAUCUCUGCAGAAUAAAGGGAAAACAAAAUUAACUUUUUGUAUAAUUAGACCGCAGAGAUUAAGCUGAUAAUAUGUAAGUAAUAGUCGAUCUUUUUGGUGGUACACUGAGGAAGGCAGCCCAGGGUUAGCAAAGAACUCCUCCAAAUUGUCAGAAACUAAUAAUGUUUCCUUUCUACUCAGCUAUUGUCAGAUGGAAAGGGAUGAUGGACAGAUACUAGGAAAAAUACAACCUUCAUUUUUCAUGUUUUAACAAGAAAAAUGGUAGCAUUCAUAGAAACCCAGUCUUACCAUUAUCUACUUAUAUGUAAUUAAAGAGAACCAUACUUCACGUGAACCACAUCAGAUGGUAGUGUUGCUUGAAGAGUCAUUUUUUUUUUAACCUGAGCACAUUAUGUUAAAAAAAAAAUAUCGACCUAGGGUUGGCGCUAUCGCCUAGCAGGUAAACCGCCGCCUGCAGUGCCAGCAUCCCAUAUGGGCACUGGUUCAAGUCUCAGCUGCUUGACUUACUAUCCAGCUCUCUGCUGUGUCCUGGGAAAGCAGUAGAAGUAGAUGUCCCAAGUCCUUUGGUCCCUGACCCCUGUGGGAGACCUUGGCUCCUGACUUUGAAUCGGUGCCGUUCUGGCCGUUGUGGCCAACUGGGGAGUGAACCAGCAGAUGGAAGACCUUUCUCUCUCUCUGCUUCUCCUUCUCUCUGUGUAACUGUUUCAAAUAAAUAAAUAAAUCUUUGACUAAUAUUUAAGUAAAAUGAUAAGGGAGCAAAACAUUGUCAAUUAAUAAUCAGGCCACAGAUUCUAUAGGAAAAAUUGGUUAAAAUGAUAUGUGCAAAAUAAACAGGAAUGUUUAGGGACAAACAUUAUGGGACGAAUGGGUAAAUGACUCAUACCUAUGGAACAUCACGUUAAUAUUUGUUUACUCAACAAGUUGGAGAAAGCCUUUUUACUUUUUCUUUUUUUGCUUCCAUCUGUAUGUCUCCUUUAAAGAACCUACACAUUAGAAUAAUCAUUGUUGAAUACUUAAUAACGUGGUUUUAAUUUGGAAUAGGAAGAUACACUUUUUUUUUUUUGACAGGCAGAGUGGACAGUGAGAGAGACAUAGAGAAAGGUCUUCCUUUGCCAUUGGUUCACCCUCCAAUGGCCGCAGUGGCCAGCGUGCUGUGGCCGGCACACCGCACUGAUCCGAUGGCAGGAGCCAGGUACUUAUCCUAGUCUCCCAUGGGGUGCAGGGCCCAAGCACUUGGGCCAUCCUCCACUGCACCCCCUGGCCACAGCAGAGAGCUGGCCUGGAAGAGGGGCAACCGGGACAGAAUCCGGCGCCCCGACCGGGACUAGAACCCAGUGUGCAGGCGCUGCAAGGCGGAGGAUUAGCCUAGUGAGCCACGGCGCCGGCAAUGGAAGAUACACUUUUAAAGAUUUAUUUAUUUGAAAGGCAGAGUUACAGAGAGGCAGAGUGAGAGAGAGACAGAGGUUUCCAUCCUUUGGUUCACUCUUCAUAUGGCUGCAACAUCUGUAGCUGUGCUGAUCUGAAGCCAGGAGCUAGGGGCUUCUUCUGGGUCUCCCACUUGGGAGAUCUAAAUAAAUCUGUCAUAGUUUUACAGAAAGCUUCUUUUAGGUAUUUUCUUAUGGGGAGGAAAAUCUAACAAAAUGCUGCCUAUCUCUUCUCCACACGCUACAACAUUUCUACCAGAAUACAAAUAUGACAAAAUUUCUCACACAUAUAAUAAAUGUACAUAUGCUUUACCAGAAACAAAUACUGUUCAUCACCAAAGGACAGUACGAUCUUAAGUUUCAAGUUAUCCCUAAAAAGAAUUUUUGUUAUAAUAAUCAAUAGAGAGUUGAAGGUGAUCAACAAGUACAUGGACAUAGAAACAAGAACUAGGUAUCAGAAAAACAAUCACUCCAAUUCAGGCAAUAUAAUCAUUUGAAAAUGUAACAGAAUAUGCUUAACAAGAACAAAAAAUAGGGUUCAAACUUGAAAAUAAAAGGAGAGCUAUAAUAAUUUAUAUAGAAUAUUUGAAAAAUAAAUAAAAUAAAUUAAGCAUAAAUAUUUAGAGCUCAAUAUGGGGGUCUGUUAGUAUAUUGACCACAAUACAAAUAUGGCAAAUGGGAAGACAGAUCAGAAAAAUUAUUCAAAAUAUGGAACAGAGAGGUUGAAAAAUGAAAAUAAGGUGUGUUAACCAUGGUUUCAUUAUUCUUCAGUAAACCAGGUUUUCAUGUGGUUUUAUGAAAAAUUUGGUAGCAUUUCAGAAAGUGAAAAGUUUAUGGGAGUGGGCAUUUGCCAUUGCGGUUAGGGCAUUCCUUGAGACACUUACAUUCUAUAUCAGAAGACCUAGGUAUUGACUCUGCUCCCAAUUCCAAUUUUCUGCUAGAACCUGAGAGGCAACAUUGAUGACCCAGGUAGGUGGGUCCCGGCACCCAUAUGAUAGAGUUCCCAGCUCCUGGCUUGGGCCUGACACAGGACCUGCCAUGUGGGCAUUUGGCAUCGUAGGAAUCUAUCUCUCCUCACCCCUGCCUUUUAAAUAAAUUUAAAAUACAAUUGUAGUAAAUUUAUGUAGGUGUUAAUAUACCCCAAAAUUAAAUUAAUAAAAGAAAUGGCUAGUAUAUAUUUGUAUUUUCUGAGUGAUAAAAUGAUCACAUUUGCCCAGUGUCAGAAGCAAAUUGCAGGAAAAUUAGCUUAGAAGAAAAUUGUGACUCCUAUUCUAGAAAAAGAAAAGGAUUAGACCUAGAAUCAACACAGCAAUGCUUACAAUUUUUUUAAAUUUAUUUGACAAGUAGAGUUAUAGACAGUGAGAGGGAGAGACAGAGAAGGGUCUUCCUUCUUUUGGUUCACCCCCCAAAUGGCUGCUAAGGCCGAAGCUAUGCCGAUCCAAAGCCAGGAGCCAGGUGCUUCUCCUGGUCUCCCAUGGGUGCAGGGCCCAAGCACUUGGGCUAUCCUCCACUGCACUCCUGGGCCACAACAGAGAGCUGGACUGGAAGAGGGGCAACCGGGACUAGAACCUGGCACCCAUAUGGGAUGCCAGCACUGCAGGCAGAAGAUUAACCAAGUAAGUCACGGCGCCGGUCCCAACUUACAAAAAUUUUUAAAAUUAACAUUUACACAAUUAAAUUUGUUUAAGUUCUAACAUCUCCUUAGUAUUAGAGCUAAGAAAGAAAGAAAUGCAUUACAUUAUAUCUCAAUGUUUGCUUAUAAAGUGUUUAAAAUAUUUUAAUAAAGAUAUAAAGAGUCAAAUAUUUGCAAUGCCUCAGAUUAUAAGUGUAGAUUAUACAAACAAGAUAUUCACAUUGUAAUAAAAUAUCUUAUUCCAUAUUCCAUGAGAACAAUGAUUUUUUAAAAAACUAAAACCUACACUCUUUG